CAGAGUGUGUCCUGUCAGCAGAUGAUUCCUGGCAGUCAGCAGGUUGCCUCUCCCUCUUUAAGUUAGUGAUUAAAGUGUUAACCGGAGCCUCCUGGAGGUGAAACCGUGACUAAGGGCGCGCUCCUGUCAGCGCUCGGAGGAAGGAAAGUGUGUAGGUAAAUAUUCCCGACAUGCACUGAGGAGCGGGGAGUGUCCCGGGCUUCCAGCACUCCCAGUUCAAGCGAAACAGUAACCAACAGCCCGCGGCUUCCAUGGAGCAGCAGAGGUAGCUGUCAGCCAGGGCCGUGCUGUCAUGCCUCUUGCAGGGCUCAGGGAAAGGUGUGUGAGACUCUUCCUUGGAUCGCACGCCCAGAUUCAUCUCUUCUGAGUAAAUGAAGAAAGUGACUAUGAAAGCACACCAUCUUCCUUCUGUUUUCAUCAAUGAGGAGAAGUUCAUAACCAGAGAGCAGCUCAGUUUUCUUCUGAAGAAUUAUAACUCUUACUAUUCGGACCAAGAGAAUCUACAACUGACAUGUAGUCAGCGAGAAGGAAACGCGCCAUUUAUUGAAGGAAUCCUGUCAAUAUUUUGGGGAGUGCGACACCCUAUCCGAUUAAAAAUUCAGGAUGAGAAGCUGAUACCCUCUUUUGUAACCCUGAAGUCAACGGAGAGCGUGGGUUUGUUCCCUAGUAAAAGGGGAAUGACUCGCUGGGGAGAAUUUGACGACCUGCAUCACAUUAGUGGGGAGACACUGAAGUCUGCUGAGGAACAGCCAGACCUCGAGCAAAGUUAUCCAUGUUAUGAAAGCCACACGCUGAAGGCCAGGAGUGAGCAGGAACACGACUGUGCCACCCUGCCCCGGACCAGCAGCGAUGCCGCGGCCGUGCGGAAGAGGACCAAGCUCCCCACAACAGCCAGGACAGGAGAAACUCACAGGUUCUCAAUCAAUGGCCACUUUUACAACCACGAGACAUCGGUGUUCACUCCGGCUUUUGGAUCAGAAACCAAAAUAAGAAUCAACAGCCACAUGAGAACCAGACAUGUGAUAGAACAGCUGCUUCGCAAGUUUAAGAUAGAAAACAGCCCCCAUGAAUUUGCACUUUACAUUAUCCAUGCAUCUGGAGAAAAGAAGCAGUUGAGGAGUGGAGACGUCCCCUUGCUGCACAGGCUGCUGCAGGGACCCUCGGAGAAGAUUGCCAAGUUCUUUCUCAUGGAUGGGGACGUGGAAGAGAUCAGCAGUGAUGUUGCUCAGUACAUUCCAUUUCAUCUUUCCUUUUUGGAAUCAAUUCUGCACAGAAUAAAUGAAGAGGAGAAGCAGGAAAUUCAACAGACGAUCGCAAGGUACCUAAGAGAGAAGAGCCUGAUACAGCAACACCUUCGCAGUCGAACUGUUAGAAAAACAGAGACCACGGUUUGAUGGGAACGGCCCUGGGGAACAGCCCGGGUGUGCGGAGGGGCAGUCGCUGCGCUGCCUGUUUCUGGGGGCUGGGGCUGAGGAGAACUUCAAGCUCAGGGUGUGCACAGUGAGGGGCUUUCUCCCCAUCAUUAAACAGCUGAAACCGCCCCCACUCCUGCAGCACUGGGAUGCGGGCUGGAACCACCUAAGGAGAUGCUCUACAUCCCUCAAACAACAGAUGCUGAAUCUGGCUUGGAACCUGGAGAAAAAUAUGCCCUGAAAAGCCCAAGGCUUUAAACCCUACUGAUGUACAACCCAUUACCAAGAGGCUGGCAUAGAAAAAUAUUGCAAUAACCACUGCGUUACUAGAAAAUAUGCAAAUUAAGUAUAUGGUUAUCCCUCUAUUAGAGAAAUAUGGAGUUAUACCAGCAGAAAGCUUUUCAGUAGAGCCAAGUGGCAGAAGGUAUUUAUGUAUUUAAGACUGCAGGUAGGAUUUUCACUUAACUUAUAAAAUAGCCAUGAAAGACACCUGAAAUUCCACCGGCUUCAGGUUGGCGUUUGCUGAACCUGCUUAAGCUUUGAGCUAUGGUUAGAAAAACAUAACUGGCAGCAUCCCACGUACAAGCUGCUCAGCUCUUGACCAUGAGAGGGAGUUUAUCCCUGAAAUGCCUUGUGAAAUGCAAAGGAAGAUCUGUCACUGAACACUGCUGGGUCCUGGAAGGCAUCUCAGUAGUUUUUCCUGUAAAGUAGGGGAUUCUGUGGUCCUACCAGUGUUUUCUGUGUGAAAGGGAACAGAGAAGUGCUCAGUGAGAGGCUGAGUGUCACAGCCAGGGAGGAUUGGGCUCGUGGCCUCCCCAUGGAUGUAGUUUGGGUCCAGCCUGGCCCCAGGCAGGGCACAGCAGCCAAUGCCAGGCCCUUGUCUGGUUGAGUUGUGCUGGAUAUUGGAGCUCAAAUUACAGAGAUGCAAAUAAAUUGUGCACAGUUGAUGUUCCUCCUGCAUUAGCCCAUUGUUUUUACCGGGUACCUGUGACUUACCUCAGCUGCCUUUGCCUUGUGCAGGUAACAAACACUGAGGGAGGAAAUGAAUGAGCAGAACGUGUUGUCUACAAAUCAUGUGGAAUAAAUCAAAUUAUAAAACUUUA